AUGGACCAAGCCAUGGCGGCGAGGGCGUUGCAGUGGUCCAGCUUCGGCUUCAGCAGCGCCGUCUCGGCCUGUGAGAAGGCGAGCCGCUGGCAAGCGGCUCUGGUGACUCUCUCCUCCAUGGACGCGGUGCGCAUGGAGCGGGACAUCUUCAGCUCCAGCGCGGCCAUCAGCGCAUGCGCGGGCGCGGCCAAGUGGGAGGCGGGUUUGGCGCUGUUGGCGGCCCUGCAGCAGCAGGAGCUGAGUCCAGUGGUGAUCACCUACAACAGCGUGAUCACUGCAUGCGGCAACGCCAGCCAGUGGGUGGCUGCCUUGUCACUGCUGCAGCGCAUGCCGAUGUCACUGGCCGACGACACCACCUUCCAUGCCGCCAGCUACGCGUGCGGCGAGGCCGGGCAUUGGGUUGAGGCCCUACAGCUGCUGGAGGAGAUGCAAUCCAGGCAGCUGCGUGCGAGCACAGUGACACUGAACACCGCCAUCACCAGCUGCCGCUGGGACUUAGCGCUGCACCUGCUGCGGGCCACGCCGCACCUCGCAGACAGCAUCAGCUUCUCUGCCGCUUGUGGUGCCUGUGGAGCUGGUCGCCAGUGGCAGUGGGCGCUGGAGUUGCUGGAGGAGGCGCUGAGAAGGAGCAUGGUGACUUCGCAGCUUUGGACCUCCGCCAUCAGCGCCUGCGAAAGUUGGCCGCUGGCGCUGCGUCUCUUCCGCCGAAUGCCCCCGGCGUUCCAGGCGCCGGAGAACGUAAUGGCCACCAUCAGCGCUUGUACCACUUCCCUUGCCUGGGACCAGGCCUUGGCGCUGCUCACGCCGGAGGCGCCGGGGAGCCAGGUGGGCGCAGUGGCCGCGGCGCUGAUGCGACUCAGCCGAUCCGCGGCCGCCCGGGGCGUCCUGGCGCCUUUCCGUCGGACUUGGCACGCCGCCCACGGCCGCGACCCGGACCUCAGCGCGGUGCCCGGGCUGCUGGCGAUCGGAGCUGGGAUUCUGGCGGUGCAAAAGCCCGCGGGCGUCGCGACCGAGGCGGUGCUGGACCAGAUUUCUCAGCUUCUUGCCCGUGAUUGCUCCCUGGUCUCACGCCUGGAUCAGCCCACCUCCGGCGUGCUGCCGGUGGUCUUAGACCACGCGGACUCCGCGGCGGCCAGUUGGUUCCAAGCCACCUUCGCCAGCAGACUGGCGGAGAAGGAGUACUUCUGCCUCUGCGAGGGCUUCGUGGGACCGGUGGGCACGCGCGCCUGCGUGGACCUUCCUUUGGCCACCCGCCACUUCGAGGGCGGCGUCCUCUCGGAAGUCGCGGAAGCUUCGCCCCGGGCCCGGGACGCGCGGACGGAGUACGAGGUGCUGCGGCGAAUGGCUCAGGGUGAGCAAGAAUUCGCGCUUCUGCGCGUCCACCCGGUCACCGGCAGGACUCAUCAGAUCCGCGUUCACUUGGCUCAUUUGGGCCAUCCGUUGGUGGGGGACCGCACCUACGGCGCGUCCGCGGCGAAUGCUCCGCGGCUCUUCCUCCACUGCCACCAGCUGAGCUUCGAGGACCUGGCAGGGGACACGUUUCGGGCCGUGGCCCCGCUGCCCAGCGAGCUGCAAGAUGUGCUGCAGAUGCAGCGAGACGAGAACUCUGCAGGUAGGUGGAAGCAGCUGCUUUACACAGGGCUCGCGGAAGACUACAAUUUAGAGGUGGAGGAGAUUCAACGUCGUCACGAGAGGGAGGUCUGGCAACUGCAGGAGCGUAUUCGCGAGAUGCAAGCUGAAAAGGCCAACAAGGUGGUGGAGGCAGAGGCUGAGAAGGAGGCCCCUCAGGAGGAAGAGGAGAAGGUUCCAACUGUGUCAGGCAUCAUUGCUGGAAGUUUCGACGCCGUGGAGGACGUGGGGGAGCUCCAGGCGCGAAUCCACGUGCUGGAGACGCAGUGCGCCACUCUUCAGAAGCGGCUGAACUCCCGGCCCAUCGUCUACCAGACCCGCGAGGCCGCGCCAGGCCGCGCCACCCGCGGCGCGGGGAGCGCGGGGCUGCUGGGCCUGGCGCGGGACAUCGUGGAGCAGCUCCUCCGGAAUUUCACCGAGAGGCUCCUCAAGCGAGACGCCUUCCUCUGGGUCUUCUACGCGCACCUCUUGAUCUUGUACGCCAUAGCUGCCAGCUGCUACGCGCAGACCAGCAGCGACGUCGAGUCCAAGGCUUUGCGGGGAGUCAUGAAGCAAGAUUGA